CACUCGCGGAGCGCGCACAUUCCUUUUGUCCAAGAUGGCGGAAUAGAUGCAGCUGAUGGGACACUAAUGUUUGUCUUUUUAUUUUUAUCAGUGAAAUUCAACAUUCAGGCGAACGUUUUCCCGUGGAAACGUUAGUUAGGACUCUCCUCACGGAUGUGCAAAAUCUCUCGGAGCCGUAAGAUCUCACCUCGGAGCUGAUUUUAUAUUUUUGCAGCGGGAGCAUCACUGUAAAAUGAAGCGGCAGGCCGAGCGCGACGCGAGUCCGACCAGAACGCUCGCCAAACGCGUCCGCGAGCGGGACCGAGAGCGCGAACCGAACCCGCCGCUCGCGCUUCUGCUCGCCGAAAGCCGAGCCUACCACAAACGAAGCCGCAGCCGAGAGCGGGAAAAACCGCGGGUCCGUGAGGAGAGAGAGAGUCUGCAUCACCGCGCGCAUCAUGAACUGGGUCUGCUGGGUCGAGCCCCUCUCCGAACCACCUCAGUCCUGCCUAAAGGUAAGACCCCAUCCGCGGAAACGGUGGGUGCGCGACUAGAAUACAAGACACUACUUAUCAGCAACCUUGGAUCGCAGCUUUCUGAUGAACACGUAGAGGACGGGCUGUUCCAUGAGUUUAAAAAGUUCGGGGAUGUGAGCGUCAAGCUGUCUCACACGCCUGAACUGGGGCGUGUCGCCUACGUCAACUUCAGACACACGGAAAACGCGCGGGAAGCGCGUCAUGCAAAAACCAGAUUGGUGCUAUAUGAUCGUCCACUUAAAGUUGAACCCAUGUACAUGCGGCGUCGCAGUGUCACGCCUCCAGAUGUGAGUUAUGUGUCUCUGCACAGUGCUGCAUAUACUUACAGGCAGCGGUCACUUUCACCGGGUGCUGGGAGUAGUGCCCUUCGAGAUAUACGACCCAGGCAUUAUGUUGAUGGUAUGGGACUUAGCAGAGAUCGUGUUUUGGACUAUUACAGUGCUUUGGAGGAAAGAAGCCGUGUGUAUGCGUAUCAGCUUCCUGAGGAGGACUUAAAACCAGAGGACGAUCAGAGAGCCACAAGGAACUUGUUCAUCGGCAACUUGGAUCAUAAUAUUUCUGAGGUGGAACUACGAACAGGAUUUGACAAGUAUGGAAUUAUUGAAGAAGUCGUUAUCAAGCGGCCCGCCCGUGGGCAAGGGGGUGCGUAUGCUUUUCUUAAAUUUCAAAACUUGGAUAUGGCUCACCGGGCAAAACUGGCCAUGCAGGGACGUAUGAUUAACGGCAACCCAAUUAAGAUCGGAUACGGGAAGGCCAAUCCGACAACUCGGCUCUGGGUGGGUGGACUUGGCCCGAACACCUCGCUGGCUGCUUUAGCCCGCGAGUUUGAUCGCUUUGGGAGUAUUCGCACUAUAGACUACGUGAAGGGAGAUAAUUUUGCUUACAUUCAUUAUGAGAGUCUGGAUGCAGCGCAGGCUGCUUGUGCACAAAUGCGCGGCUUCCCUCUAGGCGGUCCGAAUCGUCGGCUGCGUGUGGAUUUUGCUAAAGCUGAGGAGACGAGGACGUACCCUCAACAAUACCAGCCACCUUUGCUCCCGCCUCCACAUUACGAACUUCUAGCUGAUGGUUACGGACGCCACCACAGCCUAGAGAGAGAACUGAGAGCAAGGGCUCGGUCGCCGUCACACCCCCUGUUCGCAGAGCGAGAAAGAGAGCGCCUUUCAGACCGAGACUGGAGUCCCCCGAAAGGAAUUGAGCGGCGAGCAAACCCUGAAGCGUUUGGGCGGGUCAGGCAGCGCAGUCGUAGCCGCAGCAGGGAGCGCUGGGUAAAGGAGCGAGAGCUAGAACGCGGGAAAAACUGGGAGGAGCGGCGCAAGCGAAGGAGCCUCAGUCCCAUCGACCGUCCGGCAGAGGAACGCGGGAGGUCAAAGCUAAGAGCCGGGGCACCGUCUACUCCUGAAGACAGUCCGGACAGGGGCCGUGGCCGUCUCCCGGACUCAACCUCAGAACCUCUUGAUCACACCCCCGACAUCAGCACACACUCCAGCGACGAACGUCCUGCGCAGGACGAACCUUUACAUCCAAGAAAGGUCGAGCGUGAGCGCAAUCACCGCAAAAUAGAGAGCGACCCUGACUCGCAGACAGACAAGUCCAAAACGGACUCCAAAAAGCCCAGCACGCUCUCCGAAUACGCCCAGACGUUGAGUCGCGUGUGGCAAGGUUCCCUCGUUCUUAAAAACAGCUGCUUCCCCACAAACAUGCACAUGCUCGAGGGGGGCGUGAACUUUCUCCAUGCCCUCAUGAAAGAUAACCAAGCAGGCGGUUCCAAAAUCACGCAGCUUAAAAUCGCUCAACGGCUGAGGUUGGAUCAGCCCAAACUAGAUGAAGUGACGCGACGCAUCAAGCUAGGCAGCCCGGAUGGAUACGCUGUCCUCCUCGCCGUCCAGGGCCCCAUGGACCGAGAUGCCCCUCCUCCAGAAUCGGGCCUUCAACAGCGCCUUCUCCGCAACCUGGUGACGUACCUCAGGAACAAGCAGGCAGCAGGGGUCAUCGGCUUGCCUCUCGGCGGCCCCAAAGAGCGAGAGAUGGGGGGCAUGUUGUACGCCUUCCCUCCAUGUGACUUCUCACAGCAGUAUCUCCAGACUGCUCUGAAGACGAUUGGGAAACUUGAGGAGGACCACCUGGUCUUUGUGGUUGUUAGAGACUCACCUUAACACUUCAGUUCCAACUCUAGAGAUUUUAUGCCUUUCAUGAUUUUAGGAUUAGAUGUACCUUUUUACUUUAAUACUCUCAAACAGUACAUGUGAUCAAUGUUUCCUUAAAACUGUUUGGGAAAUGAACAGCAUCCCCAGAAAAGUUGUUUUAUAAACCUGCCAAUAAGUUUUCCACCAAGGGGUUUAAAUUUCUUUCAGAAGUGUUACAAAUUUUCCGUUUUAUUCUAUUUAAAAUGUUUUAUAUUAAUGCAUGCACAAGCAAUUUGACGUCUCCUUCCAGUGGUUCACUAUAAUGGAUGUAAAAUGUACUAAGCCUCAUUUUUAAAACUCAAAUUUGUGUGGAUUGUUCACAAAUCCAUUCAUCAUUGAACAGUCACAUUCAAUUUACUCUAAAACGUUUUUUACACUCAUUUCAUCAUUAAGGUCAAUAGGUCUGGGAUUCUUGUAUAAUAACAUGUUAGUGGCUUUUUUCAUUCAGUAACAGUUCUUCCCUCCCAUAUUACAUCUGCUGUCCGUUUCACAAAACCUAGAUGCUUUAUUUUGUUUUUCAGAAAUAAAACAGUACUUGAAAUGGCAGUAUGUUCAGACAGUUCAGGUAAGGCGUUGGUGUCAUGACUGACGGCAUCUACCUCUCUAACCAUGUAACGCAUCAGGUAAGCUAGAAAAAAUGAAGGCCACUGCAUUUUUAUUGUAUACCGUUAUAAAUAUACACCUGCAGCACUAACAGAAAGGUCAUGUGACCAUACCUAACUUACUAAACGAGUACUGUACCGAUCCAGACACACUAAUGUUUGUAAACGUUACGAACACUAUGGUUAAACUUGUGUGACUGUUUGUUUGUACAGCAGGAAUGUCCUUUUAAGUCUUAGCUGUUUUUCGACUGCCCUCCACUGGAAUGACUAUUUGCUAAGUCAUUGUAACCCAUUGAGCCAACACAUUUAAACAAGUGCUAUUCUAAAGGUUUUCAAAAUGUCCAGUGAUUUUAAACUCACAAUACCGUAUGAACCUGAAACAAGUGUUAUAUUCAGAUUGUACUCGAUGAGAUUUGAAGGUCCACUCGCCAACACUACAAACAACCCUUUGCACUGAACAGUAAUUUUCCAUUGUUUAUUUUUAAUCAUGUUGUUAUUUUACACUUGUUUUUUUUUGUAAUACUUUUUACUCGAAGUAUUUUUUUUCUUGUCUGUAUGCGAAACAUGUAUGGCAUAUAAAAAAAGUAAACAUUUCUUGUGCUUGAUUUUAAUCCAUACCUCCAU